CGGCGCCGGUCGCGGUCCCGGCCCUGGCCCCGGUGCCGGAGGGGGUUGUGGCGCGCCGCGGCGGGGCAGUGCGGAGCGGCGGCGGUGGGGGAUGUGGAGCGGCCGGGCCCCGGGCAGAUGAUGGCGAUACGCGAGCUGAAAGUGUGUCUGCUUGGAGAUACUGGGGUUGGGAAAUCAAGCAUUGUUUGUCGAUUUGUCCAGGACCACUUUGACCACAAUAUUAGCCCUACUAUUGGAGCAUCCUUCAUGACUAAAACAGUGCCUUGUGGGAAUGAGCUUCAUAAGUUUCUGAUCUGGGACACAGCUGGUCAGGAACGGUUUCAUUCCUUGGCUCCAAUGUACUACCGAGGUUCAGCAGCAGCCGUGAUAGUUUAUGAUAUCACCAAACAGGAUUCGUUUCAUACUUUGAAGAAAUGGGUGAAAGAACUAAAAGAACAUGGUCCUGAAAACAUUGUAAUGGCCAUUGCUGGAAACAAAUGUGAUCUUUCUGAUAUCAGGGAGGUUCCUAUGAAGGAUGCCAAAGAAUAUGCAGAAUCUAUAGGUGCGAUCGUUGUUGAAACCAGUGCAAAGAAUGCUGUUAACAUUGAGGAACUUUUUCAAGGAAUAAGUCGGCAGAUUCCACCCUUAGAUCCUCAUGAAAAUGGUAACAAUGGAGCCAUCAAACUUGGAAAGCAGACUUCACAGACGGGUAGGCGGUGCUGCUGACCCAACCUGAUCUCUUUAGAUUUACUUGAAAAACAGCACCAUUUGCUUUUCUCACUGAGAAGGGACUUUGUGAUCUCACUGACGUGGCUCCUUAUCUUGAAAGCAGUAAUUCCAAUACUUCCCAUGAGCAGUAACGCGAGUCCCAGAAGCAGAAAGCUUUACUUCAAAGGGAUUUUGCAAAACCUAGUUGGAAAAUCCUCUCUAAUAUCCUGUCAAAAUUACAGUGUCAAAGUACUCUGAUGCUCUGUUCAAACCACUGACUUUUUUUUUUUAAUAAAAAGAUCCUUUUAUAUCUAAAAUUUAGAUUUGCUGCAAAAACUUAUCUUCUUACAUUGCAAAGUGGACUUUGCUUGUUUUUAGAGUUUUCUUUGUAAUAAUAGGGUGGAAAAAAAACCUAUAAGCCCUGAAUUUUGGCUUACAGUUGCUCUGCCAUCCUUCUAGCUGGACUUUGCUUCAGUAUUUUUUUAAAUCUGUAGCUUCAUCAUGUACUUUCAGUAAACAUCAGGAAGAAAUUGACUGAAUUUGCUAAGUAGAGCAAAAAUGGAUCCAAAGGAUGAGCAAGUGCAGUUUUUACAGGCUAGACGUUAACCUGUGUCAGGAGGUGCUGUGUAUGUGGAAGAAGGAAUUGUCAUGAAAGAGACUGCUGGACCCCAUGCAGUUCCAGUCUACUCCAGAUGCAGCCACUGUGCUUUGCCUGAAGUGAUUCCCUUUCUAGGGCAUGGGCUUUCUUAAACACCAGCUUAAUCUCCACUGCGUACCAGGUUUCCUCCACAUCUGUGACCCAGACUGAAGUUAUCUCUGCUCAAAGACGCCACAUCCUUGGUUUCUAACAGAGGGUGCCACAGUGCCUCACUCCUCGCGGUCUCCCUGCUGCACUCCAAGCAGUCUUCAUGUUGGAAGAAUAUUUCUGUACAAAAACAGCUUAAGAGAGCACAAUAUAAUUUGGAGUCAAAGGCUGGAAUCUAAUAAAACAAACCAAGAUGUUUCUUUACAAA